UCGCCCCUUUGUGACAUCGAAAUUGCGCGCCGAAAAAAAAUAUUUGUAAUGUGAUAUAUGUUAGUGAAUUCGUGUGGUUUAGUGCAGUUUUAGUGAUGUGUGGUUAUGUGCUUUGGAUUGUAUUACUCGUGAGCUUCUUUAUUGGGAAAGUCAGAAAUGGAGGUACAGAGCAAACGACGGAAAAAGAAACGCGACCUGAGUACAUACACCCAGACGGCUUACUAAACUUCGAUCCAUAUUUAUCAGACUUCAAACCAGUUGUCGAAGAAGACGACUACAUUCCACUACCCGAGAACGACGAGACAAUAGAUGGCCUGCCUAUAUUCCUAAUAGAACCAAAGAAUUCCUAUGUAUUACGAAUAAAACCAGCGACGUUGCUUUGCAGAGCAGCGAAUGCAUUGCAGGUGUUCUUCAAAUGCAAUGAUGUCAGAACAGACAAGACAGUACAGCUGGAACAUGUAGAUCCACAGAACGGAGUAAGGGUAGUAGAGGCUGAAUUAAACGUGACGAGAAAUGAAUUAGAUGAAUACUUUGGUGGUAGAUACAGCUGUGAAUGCUACGCUUGGAAUAGCAAGGGCAGGAUACGGAGUCAAGGGGUUUUUAUUGAAUUUGCAUACAUAAAGAAGCAAUUUGCUCAACAACCACAAUCAAUCACUGUUGAAGCUGGUCGCCAAGUCAGCUUCCGAUGCAGUCCACCACCAGCCGCUCCACCCGCCACCCUUAAAUGGAUGAGGAAUGGUGCCGCCAUCGAAGCUAAUGACGAAACUCUUGUAUUACCAAAAGUUGGACUACAGGACAUGGCAAAUUAUUCCUGUAUCGCUGAAAAUAUCGCUGGCAAGCGGGAAUCAGAUAUUGCUGUACUUUCAGUAUAUGUUAACGGUGGCUGGUCAGACUGGUCCCCUUGGGCUCCCUGCAGAUGUGGGGUCCAGAGUAGUGGUAGACGGAGAACACGAACAUGCACAGUGCCUGCACCGGCAAAUGGCGGUGCCCCGUGUAGAGGACAGGGCUCCCAGAGCGAUGAUGAUUGCUUGAGGUGUCAGAAUGGCGCAUGGUCCCCGUGGAGUGCAUGGUCAGCGUGCAGUGAGGAGUGCGUUAGAGUACGGCGAAGACAGUGUUCGGGCACUUGUCCUGGCUCUACGUUGCAGCAUGCAGCUUGCGUGGAUGGACUUUGUUCUGCGGGAUUCAGAAUCUACAAAAACAACAUAACAUUGUACGUUGGUAUCGGUAUCACGGUCGCCAUGUUGGCUGCUGGAGCAGCGAUCCUCUACGUAUGGUGCAAAUACAAAACUGUCAGGCCUGGAUAUACUGCUGCUAGAACGGGUAUACCGAAAUCCUACUCAGGUAGAGACAAAGGCAAUACAGCGCCAGACCUGACGAGAACUUGCAACGAGUACUGGAUGCGACCAGACAACCAUUACGACAUGCCACAAUUAAGGGACAGCUACGCGUCUCCCUUCGGAAACAGAAGUAGACAACAGUCAUCUGCAGGCAGCAAUCACUAUGAAAUGAAACCAUAUAGCCCAUCAGGGGAUUCCGCAUCGAGCUGCUAUACAAAUUCACGAACGAUGACGUCGCGCUCGAGCGAAUGCUCGUCCCAGCUCGCAGAGCUCGUGACCCCAUCGUCGCACUCGAAGGUGGACGUCGCCGUCACUCUACCUCCGGGGCCUUCGGACAACAGUUACAGAGACAAAAUAUGCUUAACCAUUGUUAAAUAAAUUAUUAUUAAUAAAUAUGGCAACAAUUUGAUUUAAUA